AGCACACUUGUGGUUGGAUUUCGCCACAUUUGUUGAAAAACAACCACUUUGUUUCCUGCUGUUUGGCUUCUUUAGGCAGCAGUGGGUGAUGUUUGAUGAGCCCGAUAUGUUAAGUAUAACCUCGCUUCGGUUGCAGCCUGUUCGUUUGUCUAAUCGGCUGAGCUUUAGGGUCCAGCAGCUUCUUUCUUUUUUUUUUUUUUUUUACUGUAAGCUUAAUUAUAGACAAGGAUCUCCAAUAACUGCUUCAAACAUUUACACGCAUUGCCGCAUUUGUCUGAUAGUAUAUCUUUUGUGAUUUAUUUUGUAUUUUGUUUUAGCUGGCAUGUACUUCGGGUGAUGUUUUAUAUUUAUUUAUAUAUUUAUUUCUCUCCUCAGUCACUCCCUGCUGACCUUUCCAUUCACCGAACCUUACAGCAGGCUUGUCAUUGUCAUCACAUGCACAUUCAUAUUGAGCACACAUUAACAGUCUCUAGUGUGUGAUCAGGCUGCUUUAGCUCACUGACUUCUUUACUCUGGCCAAAAGGAUUACUCUGCUAACACUACAUCCUGGAGAUUGCACUCUGUGCCAACUGUACUCUGAGGUGUGUUGCCUUUUUUUUUUUUUUAUACAUCAGGGUGUUUGUUUCAUUUCACCUGACAAAGCUGCUGCAGAACCCUUCUGGAGAAUCUGCAAUGACUCUUUCCUUUUUUUCCUUCCCCCAUUUGGAAAGAGGUCAGAGCACAGGGUCAGUGGGGAGGCUUUGUCCCGAGGGUUGCUCUGCCUUAUCACUAGCUGCCCUGUUGCCAAUUCACUCUUACAAUCAAUAUCACACCCGUAACGCCAGGAGAAUUGGUGUUACAAUCCCUUUCUCACGCACACACGGCCACAAUAGCUCUCCAGAGAGCAGUAGAGCAGCUUAAUGGCUCCACGGGGGCAGAGUGUCGCCUUGAUAAAACGCGGUAUCGAGCGCGCGGCCUCCUGAUCCGUCCAGGAGCAUUGUGGCCUUGGUCUCCCCCUCACCUGUGCUUAGUCGGGUUGUAGUUGAUGCUUCAGAGUGUCAUUUUUCAGUCAGCGGCUGUUUCUUGAAUGGGAUCCUCCUGUUGGAAAGAUGGCAACAAGUACAACCAGACUAUUAUUGUAUAUUGCAUGGAGCUCCACACUCGUCGCUGCAUUUUCAGCUCUUCAUAUUAUUGUUCGGACAAAACAUUUUAUGAUUAAUGGGGAAAAUAAUCAUCUAUUUGUAUAAAUGUAUUCGUUAGCAGCAGCCCCACACAACAUAUAGGUAUAUAUGUAGGACUAAUAUACAAAAUAUGAAGUGAGAAGUGUUAAGUCUCCGAUAGAAACACUGCUACACGUGUAUUAGUAUAUCCAACAUGAUCAACACUGUAGUUUAUCUCAUGUUGCUUUGACAAAUCCACUUCAUCAAAGUGUUGAUUGUCAGACCUGUUUCAGAGCUGGCACAUGUUGCCUAUUAUGCAACCUCCAUGUUCUGACCCACAUUCUGUAACGGGUCAUUUUCACCACACCGUCUUCAGUUAUCAAAAACCGCACAGUCGGCAGAAUUAACAGCAGAUUUGCGUGUUCUUGCCUGUGAAAGAUAAACGCCUUCUCUGUGUUUAACACAAACGCGCGCACACACACACACACACACACACACACACACACACUCGCAUCCGAUUCCCAGAGCCUGGCUUCCCUCUCACUAACUCUUGGGAAACUUUCGGCUAACACCAGUUCAAAGGCUGCUUGAGGGGCCUCGGUCCCUCCGAGUUUUUAAAGCCCCGCUGCUGGAAGCUCCCACAGUGGCUUCCUUUGUGCCUGUGUGACCGGCUCGCUCUGUAUUCCUCCCAACUAAACCCCAUGUAUAAUCCCCGGCCCUGGCCGAGGAGACGAUGACAACUUCUGCUUCCACUCUUGAGCUGUUCAUUGAUCCAGAACAGGAGAUCGAUGAACAGUUUGCAACCCUCGAGGUCUUGAAUCGAUCCAGUCAACAUUUAUGAUUUUGUUCACGAGGGGGAAACUCUUCUUGCUGUGUUUUGGUGCUGUUGCACGCCCCGAGACGUGAACAGAGGUGCCUGCAGCUCGAGAGCCCCUCGCCGCAGCGUCUGCCGCCAUGGUGGAACCAGCCGACAAGCCGUCUGCAGCCGGACAGAGGCUGGGCGCCCCGGACAGUUUUGGGGUGUCCACUCUGGAGCCGGGCCUGCGUCCUCCCUCCCAGCCUCCAGGGCGACAAGUGUCCAUCAGGGUUCAGAUGCUCGAUGACACGCAGGAAGUCUUCCAGAUAUCGCAGCGUUCCCCCGGCAAAGUGCUGUUUGACCUGGUUUGUGUCCAUCUCAAUCUGGCAGAGGGAGACUAUUUUGGACUUGAGUACCAGGACCAUCGCAAGAUGAUGGUGUGGCUGGACCUGCUGAAGCCGACACUGAAACAGAUCAGACGCCCUAAAAACACCAUCCUUCGUUUUGUGGUGAAGUUCUUCCCUCCUGACCACACACAGCUCUUGGAGGAGCUGACUCGGUAUCUGUUCGCCCUGCAGAUUAAACGCGACCUGGCCUGCGGUCAUCUCAUCUGCAACGACACCAGCGCUGCUCUCAUGGUCUCCCACAUCAUUCAGUCUGAAAUAGGAGACUUUGAUGAGACCCAGAGCUGGCAGCAUCUCCUCCACAAUAAGUACCUGCCCGACCAGGACGCCAUCAGAGACAAGAUCACCGACUGCCACCGCAAGCAUGUCGGGCAGACUCCCGCAGAGUCAGACUACCAGUUGCUGGAAAUCGCUCGGCGGUUGGAGAUGUACGGUGUUCGUCUGCACCCGGCCAAGGACCGAGAGGGUACUAAACUCAGUCUGGCUGUGGCGCACAUUGGCGUGCUGGUUUUUCAGGGGUACACGAAAAUUAACGCCUUCAACUGGUCCAAGGUUCGCAAGCUCAGCUUCAAACGCAAAAAGUUCCUAAUCAAGCUGAGAGCAGACCCCGCUCAGAGUGCCCACCACGACACGCUGGAGUUUGCCAUGGCCAGCAGGGAUUGCUGUAAGGUCUUCUGGAAGAUCUGUGUAGAGUAUCACGCCUUCUUCAGGCUCUUCGAGGAGCCCAAGGCCAAACCCAAACCCAUCCUCUUCACCAGAGGAUCCUCAUUCCGGUUCAGUGGUCGAACCCAGAAGCAGAUCAUCGACGAUGUGAAAGACUCGGAGCUCAAGAAACUUCCAUUUGAAAGGAAGCACAGUAAGAUCCUGUCCAAUAGCAGCAUGUCGCCUGAGUCUUCGUCCUUCAGAUCUCAAGUGCCAAAAGAGAUUGCCAUGUCUGUGCAGUUAGUAGACCAGCCUGACUCAACCAGACUGGGCCAUCGAGCUGAAUGUAACGGUUCAGAGGAGCCGCCAGCGGCCACAUCAACCGCCAACGGCUUCCACGGUAUAGUGGCAGCGCCCGGCUCUGACCCGAUUCAGUCCCAACAGAACCACCACGGCACCGGAUCAGCACCGGACCCGCAGUUCCUCAACCCAGAAAGUCCCGGUUCAGAGGACUCUCCGGCGGGAAGUCCCUGCGUGGUCGUCAACUGCUCAGUAAAUGGCACCCUGGGUCAGAGUCCCGAGGGACACCAUCUGUCGCCUCUCACCAGCCCGCUGCUCACUGAUGCCGGAUGUGUCCGUAACGAUGAUGAGGAAGAGGCCAGGAGGAAGAAGUUUCCCACAGACAAGGCUUACUUCAUAGCCAAGGAACUGUUGACCACAGAGCGGACCUACCUCAAAGACCUGCAGGUCAUCACAGAGUCCUUCCAUGGAGUUGCAGGGAAAGAUGAGGCCUUCCCAGACCCCGUGAAGAAGCUGAUCUCUGCCAGCUACGAUCCGGUCCACAACUUUCACCAGGGAUUCCUCAAAGAGGUGGAGCAGCGGCUGGCACAGUGGGAGGGUCGCUCUAAUGCCCACAUUAAAGGAGACUAUCAGCGAAUUGGUGACAUUCUCCUGAAGAACAUUCAGGGUCUGAGGCAGCUGACGGUUCAUCUUCAGAAGCAUUCCGAGUGCCUGGUCGAACUGGAACGGGUCUGCAGGUCCAGUCGGAAAGCGGAGGCUGUGUGCCGAGACUUUGAGCAGCAGAGAGUUUGCUACCUGCCCCUCAACAUCUUCCUCCUCCGACCUCUCCACCGCCUGCUGCACUACAAACUCAUCCUGGAGAGGCUCUGCAAGCACUACCCGCCCACCCACGAGGACUUCAGGGACUGUAGAGCGGCCCUGGCGGACAUCUCCGAGAUGGUGCAGCAGCUCCAAGGCACCAUGAUGAAGAUGGAGAACUUCCAGAAGCUUCUAGAGCUGAAGAAAGAUCUGACGGGCAUCGACAACCUCGCCAUCCCCGGGAGGGAAUUCAUCCGGCUCGGUUGCCUCAGCAAGCUCUCAGGGAAGGGCCUUCAGCAGAGGAUGUUCUUCCUGUUCAGUGAUUCCUUGGUGUACACCAGUCGAGGAAUGACCCCGUCCAACCAGUUUAAAGUUCACGGCCAGCUGCCGUUGUACAGCAUGACGAUCAGAGAAAGCGAGGAGGAGUGGGGGGUCCCUCAUUCCUUCACCUUGUUUGGACAGCGCCAGUCUGUGGUGGUGGCAGCCAGCUGUGCGUCAGAGAUGGAGCGGUGGGUGGAGGACAUCAGGAUGGCCAUCGACCUGGCGGAGCAGAGCAGCAGCCCGAGCACUGACCUGCUGUCCACCAGCCUCUCUGACAACAAGCUGUCGGAGGACAGGGGAGCCGAGCUGGAGUCGGAGGAGGAGCUCUGCGGCUCGCGCUCGUCUCUGGAGCGCCAGGGUCACCGCAGCAACACCACCGUGCACGUCUGCUGGCAUCGCAACACCAGCGUGUCCAUGGUGGACUUUAGUGUCGCCGUGGAGAAAGCAGCAGUAGUAGUCCGGCAGGUGAGUUGCCGAGGCCCCUCAGCAGCCUUCAGCGGCCCCGUGUCUCUCUCUAUGUGUGGUUUGCCGGCACACAGCCUGUCGUUAAGUGACUCCUGCUGGAGUAGAGAGAACCAGCUGUCGGGGAACCUGCUGCGGAAGUUUAAGAACAGUAACGGUUGGCAGAAACUCUGGGUGGUCUUCACCAACUUCAGCCUCUUCUUCUACAAGUCACACCAGGAUGACUACCCUCUGGCCAGCCUUCCUCUGCUGGGCUACUCCGUCACCGUCCCGUCCGAGUCCGAGAACAUCCACAAAGACUACGUCUUCAAACUCCACUUCAAAUCCCACGUCUACUACUUCAGAUCAGAGAGCGAGUACACCUUUGAAAGGUGGAUGGAGGUGAUCCGCAGUGCCACCUGCUCUGCCAGCCGCUCCCUGCCGAGCACCAGGAAAGACCUUUACUGAUGAACCUGCACAGAGAGACUCGCCUGGGUCGAAAUCUGGACUUCAGACCGCACAAACACCAGAAAAGACUCUCAUUAUAGACACAGAAUCACUUUGACUACCCCUGAAGAGCUGAUUCACUCCCACACACAUCCUCCCACACCGUCCCUCUUAUUACACUUUCUGCACCACUAGUGUCUGUGAUGGCAGUCGCCCACGAUGUCAUUCAAAAUGUAUUUGUUUCUCCAAACUGGCAGCACACAGUCCUUCUGCUUUUCCUUUCAUUUUUGUGUUGGUGCCAUUAAGUGUUGUUCACAAACAGAUUAAAUAUUCAUCCCCAAACACGUAUCAUGUUUACAAAAAGGAGGCUUUUAUCUUCAUGAUAAACCUGAAUGAUUUUCAUGGGACUCUCCAGAAGUAUUUGGGACACUGAAGCAUGGGUUUGUGCGCAGUUUUCUUUUUGCAUUUUAUAUGUCUGCCUGGUAAAUAUUCCUGUGUGACGACACAUUUGUGAUGAGAGUAAAACAUGUAUAAAAAAAUGCUUGAAUAAGACCUAAACCCGGAUUUUAAACUGUGUGCAUGUGAACACACUCGUGGCGAUCUCUAAAUAUCAUUAGAUUAAUUCAAUGUGAUGCCAGUUUGGUCACAAUUAGGAAACAUCCAUCUUUUUUCUUUUUGUAAGGUGACUUUUUGUACAGUACUUUGAUACACUGUGAAAUGCUUUUUUUUCAUGUUUCCAGUCGGUUUUGCUUUGUUUAAAAGGACAAAUAGCUUCAAAACCGCUUCCAACGCCAACGGAGAUUUCACUGGUCCAUUUGCCAAAUACCUUCUCUUCUGUACUCUUUUACUAUUCUAAAUAAAGAUGAGAAAAGAUUGCGUUCAUAUGAAA